UUUUGCUCAAGGCUAGCACUCUACCACUUGAGCCACAGCACCACUUCCGGCUUUUUCUGUUUAUGUGGUACUGAGGAAUCGAAUCCAGGGCUUUGUGUAUGCUAGGCAUGCACUCUAUCAGUAAGCUAUAUUGCCAGUCCUCCUUCUUUUAUCCCUUUUCAAGACACUGCUCUCUUCUUUUGCUUGGCUUGUUUUCAUGAGUAACCUACGCACACUGCCUCAUUAUCUUUUUAUUCCUUGCCAUCCUGGUUUGUUCAACUAGUGUUUUAUAGUGAAAUCCUUGAUAGUUUUGGGCAUUUUUGCUUUUACAUCCUAAUCGACUGUUCUUAGACACCAUUCCUUUAGAUCUCUCUUGGGUUCUGGAUUUUUGUGGUUUGCCAUUAUCUAGCACAUCCCAGUACAUUCCAAGAAAGAUGUGGCUACGACUCACUUUGCUGCUGUGCAACUGAUGAAGGCAGAGUACACAGAGGUUUCAUCAGAGAAAUGUGCUGAAAAUAGAUUUUUUUAAAAAAGAUUGCAAUGAAAUUAGAACCCUUGCAGCUAUUUUGAAGAGCUUCUACAUGUUGAAGAGCUCCUACACAGACUGAUUCACAGUUUGGAAACAAAGACCCUAAGUAUAGGGUUCCAAAAAUGAUAGAGUAUCUAGUUGGCAUUGGCAGUGAUCUCCCCGACCAAAGAGAUGUGCAGGGCAAAGGCUAUGCAAUUUCAUUUUGUCUCUUCAUUGUCUUAGGCAAAUGUAAGUUUUACCAUUUCGAAUUGAGCAACUACUCAUCAAAUAAUUUCAGGAGCCAGACAUGGGUUGGUGUGGAAAUGGUAGUGGUUAUUUUUAUACUUCGUGUCCUUUUUUUCUUCUUCAUUACAAGCUAUGCAGAUUAUUUUAUCUAUGUAAGGGAGAUUUCUCCCUCCCAGGGAAGUUCAGCUCAUUUUAGCCAAAAGCAAUCAGUUUGCUCUAUCUCCUUUCCCAUGAAGCAUCACUCCUUCCUCUAACACCCCCUUUCCCUAGGAAUAGCAGUAAAGAGCCUGAGGCAAAACGGUGGUAUGGAAAGAGUUGCCAGAAAAUUCCAAACACACAUCUUCAUUCCCCACCUCUUGCAACCCUGUGAGCUGCAAGGGUGGUGUUCUCAUUCGCUGGCUGUAUCACGAGUUCAUACACAAGAUGACUACAACUCCCAGGAUGCCGAUCGGCCCCGCCCCCCCCCCCUUUUCCAGCUAGAAAACGUUUAUCAUAGAGAGGACGAGGCAACAUGGCUCCCGGAGGUGGAAGGAAGAGGCUUCACCACCUUUGAAAUGGUGAAGAAGCGCAGCGGAGGGGGAGAGACGUGACUACAGCCUUGACAGCGCUUUUGUCCGCCCAGCCUCUCCAGGGUCUGGUUAGCCUCACCCCUCCCCUCCAUCCUCAUCCAAUCUGAUUUCUCUUCCCCUUCCCUCCCGGUCCCCGCAACCCUCCCGCCGGGAAUCCUGUCCCCGCCCUCUAGCCCCCCACGGAGUGCGCACGCGCUCACCCCCAGCUUCGCGCCCAUAUCUUCGCCCGCCUGCUUGCGCAGCCGCUGUCUCAUCUGCCCACUGACCAAGCAUGGGCGUCCAGGGCUUCCAGGAGUUCCUGGAGAAGCGCUGUCCGGGGGCCGUAGUGCCCGUGGAUCUUCUCAAACUCGCUCGCACCGUUUCACGCCAGCAACAGCAGCAGCACCUGCAUCGCCAGCUGCCACCGACGGCAGCUUUAGCGCCGGGGGCUGUGCGCGCCACGCGGGGCUCCGGUCCUCUUCCGCCGCCGUUCCCGCCUGCUGCCUUGGGUGCCUACUCUGUGGGCGCGGGGCCCACUCGGCACCACCACCCUGCUCACCACUUCCAUCACCACGGCCAGGCGCAGCCCGGGCUGCCCCCGCCGCUGCCCCCGCCGCCCCCUCCGCUGCCUGGGGCCCGGGUGCUGGUAGACGCGGGCUCAGCGCUGCCGCGGCUUUAUGGCGGCUACCAGACGGAUUGGGUGUGUGGCGGCCAAUGGAACGCCAUGCUGGGCUACUUGUCAGCGCUGUGCCAGGCUUGUGCCUAUCCCGGCGGCGACGGCCUGGAGCUGGUGGUCAUGUUCCCCGGGGGCCUGGGCAAGGACCGACUGGCCGAGUGGGGCCGUCGGUGCCAGGCCGAACGGCAGACAGCGCAACUGAUCGUGGGACACGUGGGCAACAAGGGCACCCCUCCACCGCGGGCCUGGUUCCUGCCACCUGCCUGCCUGAGCCACUGCGUGAGGCUAGCACUCAUCCGCUUCCGGGUCAAGGUCUUUCAGAGCCUUGAAGACCACCACUUGGAAGUGGUGGCUUUUUUUCGGGAUAAUGGCUUCCAUGGCCUUCUUGCUCAUGACUCCGAGUAUGCUCUCUACAAUAUUCCCUUUUACUACAGUUCUCAUGCUCUGAAGCUGAGCUGGAAUGGAAAGAACCUCACUACCAACCAGUUCCUGAUGCAAGAGGUAGCCAAGCAGCUGGGCCUGAAACGGAUGAAUUUCCCCAUUUUUGCAGCAUUAUUAGGUAAUCACAUUCUCCCAGAUGAGGACUUGGCUGCCUUUCACUGGAGUCUGCUGGGACCAGAACAUCCUCUUGCAUCACUUAAGGUCCGAGCUCAUCAGCUAGUUCUCCCACCCUGUGAUGUGGUAAUCAAGGCUGUUUCUGAGUAUGUUAGCUCCAUCAAAGACCCCUCAAACUUGGAUGUAGUUGGGAAGGAUGUUUUCAAGCAAUCUCAGUCCAGGACAGAAGAUAAAAUAGAGCGAUUCAAAAAAGCAGUUGAAUACUAUUCAGUCACAACGAAACUUUCUUCGCUACCAGUGGGUCCCUCAUUUCUAGGCUUUCGAAAUAAUCGGCUUGGAAAUCCUCCCCUUCCAAGAAAUCAAGUAGGCACCAUUUCUGCUGGAAAGCCAAUGUUUUCUCACCAAGUGCCCCAGAAAAUGAAAUACCCACCACCAUUCCCAAUGGGACCCAACUCAUCUCUCCUCUUCUCCUCCCACACUCUGGGAGAAUCUAGUGCUUUUUCUGAGGACCCCAUGCUACAGGACAACCCCUUUGCCAGUUGGACUGUCUCUUACGACAAUUCUGCGUCCCAGUUUCCCAAUUACCUGCCUUCCAAAACAUCACCUCAUUUGGGACCAGACUCCUCUCACUCCUCCUCCUCUGAUGGGGAUGAGCCAAAUGGACCCAAUUCUGAUCACAUCACAGAAGCACUUCAACAGCAGCCUGGAUGGGAAGAUCCCAGUGGCGAACGAGGGUCUUGGGUACAACCUGUUGAUGCCGUAGUGUCAGAAGCCAACCUAGGGAACGAAGAACCUCACAUCCCAUCUCUAUUAUCUAUGUCUACAAGGAGCCACAUGGACAUCACCAUUCCACCCUUACCUCCAGUAGCUCCAGAAGUUUUGCGGGUUGCUGAACAUAGACACCGGAGAGGUCUUAUGUAUCCAUAUAUCUACCAUGUCCUCACUAAGGGUGAGAUUAAGAUUCCUGUAUGUAUUGAGGAUGAGUGUAACAUGGAGCUCCCUCCAGCUGCUCUCUUAUUCCGGUCUGCUCGUCAAUAUGUUUAUGGAGUCCUUUUCAGUCUGGCAGAGACACAGCGAAAAUUGGAACGCCUGGCCAUACGUCGGCGGCUGCCUGUGGAAUUUCCUUCAGUGAUUCUUAAAGAAUGGUCUGCUUAUAAAGGGAAGUCACCUCAAACUCCAGAGCUGGUAUCUGCACUGACAUUUCGAGAAUGGACUUGCCCAAACCUCAAGAAGCUCUGGCUAGGCAAAGCAGUUGAGGACAAGAACCGAAGGAUGAGGGCUUUCCUGGCCUGUAUGAAGUCAGAUACCCCCAGUAUGCUUAACCCAGCUAAUGUCCCCACCCAUCUGCUGCUCAUGUGCUGUGUACUCCGAUACAUGGUUCAGUGGCCUGGUGGCCGAAUCCUGCAUCGCCAUGAGCUAGACACCUUUCUUGCACAAGCAGUAUCUACCCAACUUUAUGAACCAGAUCAACUUCAAGAACUCAAGAUUGAGAAACUAGAUGCCCGAGGAAUCCAGCUUGCUGCCCUCUUCAUGAGUGGAGUUGACACAGCUCUAUUUGCUAAUGAUGCCUGUGGCCAGCCUGUCCCUUGGGAACAUUGCUGCCCCUGGAUUUACUUUGAUGGCAAGCUGUUCCAGAGCAAGCUCAUUAAAGCAGGUCGAGAGCGAGUAUCCCUGGUUGAACUCUGUGAUGGCCAGGCUGACCUGGCAACCAAAGUAGAAAAGAUGAGACAGAGUAUCCUUGAAGGAGUCAACAUGAAUCAUCCACCACCUUCUGCUCUUCUUCCAUCACCUACUUUUGUGUCUCCCAUGGUGCCAUCUCUCUACCCGGUUUCACUUUAUUCCCGAGCCAUGGGCUCAAUGCCACCUCCUCAAGCAAGGAGCCGGGGCUUUGCAGGUCUCCAUCCAAUCCCUCCUCAAGGAGGAAAACUGGAGAUUGCUGGGAUGGUGGUGGGCCAGUGGGCUGGCAGCAGAUCCUCCCGAGGUCGAGGAUCCUUUGGCAUGCAAGUGGUUUCUGUUGGUGGGCCUGGAAAAGGGCAUGGAAAAGAACCAAGUGGUAGAGGAUCCAAAGGACACAAAAAAGGAAAUAAGCAAGGCUCUUCAGAUGGAAUUUAUAAAUCUCUGGAGCUUCAUCAAGGUCGAUCCCACUCCCAGGUAAAUGGAAACAACGGCACAUUGAUUAAGGAAGAAAAAACUGAUCGUCUUCCAGCUCCUUCACAAUGUGCCUUAUCCAGAGACAGCAAUGUGUGUGAUAAUGGUAACCACUGCUUGCCUGUGAAGAAUGGAGAGAAGAACCACUUACAAGAGCAGAAGCUGGAAAGUGUGGCACAUGUGAAAGAGGACUGACAAGCUGAACUUAGUCUUACCAGUCAGAAAGAGGGGAAAACUGUACUUUUCUGAUUCGAGGCCCAAGUUAGAGGAUAUAAAUGCCCACCCUUGAUUUGUCCAGGAUUUUUAUGGAGUGUCCUUUUGUGUACACACUUUCCCCUUCCAUAUCUUUUUCUCUGGGUCUCCAGACUUUCGAAAGCUGGGAAAUUUCUGUUUAAAGAUGAAUAGCAACAAGAUUAGCUCUAAUUCUUAAAUUGAAUCUAUUGCACCAGUAUUCACUUUAUCUCCCCUGGGAGUCUAGUAAGGCAGUAACUGUCAGAAAGAAAGGAAGUGUUAGCACAGAAUAUCCUAUUGUAAAAUUCCAGCUUUGAUUUUCUAAGUGUUUAAUGUGAUACUCAUUUAUACACUCAUGUGAUAAAUAUGGGAUUGAGGGGACAGCUGUCUAUGGCUUCCUGACUUUUCUUUAUGAGGUGUUGGGGGAGCAUUGAUAUAGAAUCUGUAUCCACCUCCUCCUCGUUCUUUUUCCCAACUCAUCUAUUCCAGGAUUUUGUAUGCCCCCUCUAGCUCUGGCCUGACAAUCAGAUAGGUAGACGUUUUCAGGGCAGUGAGUAGUGUUGGUACCUUAUUUUAUUUUUUAUUUUAUACAUUUUUU